AUGGCAGCCACGUCAGACGUACCACCUUCAACGUCAGCCGCGCUAGCGGACACGUCAGCGACGAAGAUCAAGUUCGGGCGGUGGGAUUUGGACCCCAGAGAGGUGUUCGCUGAAACGAAACUGUCGCUCGCUAUAGUCAACUUCAAGCCCGUCGUUAAGGGUCACGUGCUCGUGUUGCCUCGGCGUGUGGUGCCACGCUACAAGGACAUGACUGCCGAGGAGGUCACAGACAUGUGGCUGCUGGCGCAGAAGAUUGGUCAAGCCUUUGAACCCCACCAAGGAUGCACCUCGUCUACAUACACCAUCCAGGACGGACCAGCAGCAGGGCAGACAGUGGCGCAUGUUCAUGUGCAUGUCAUGCCACGGAGGGAAGGGGACUUUGUACCCAAUGACAAGAUCUACAAUGAGAUUGAGGAGAAUGAGAAGGAGGCUAAGAAGCUGAGGAUGGACGCUGAGGAGAACCGACCAGCCCGCACCAUGGAUGACAUGGAAGCAGAGGCCAAGGAGUUAAGAAGGGUGCUGGAGGAGUUUGAGAAAGGAGAAAAGGGAGAGAGGAUGGGUGAAAAGUGA